UUGAACAUCAAACGCUUCACUUAUUGUGUGGAAGUGGCUGGAAACGGACGUAUUCGGUGUAGUAAUGGCGGAUAACUCUGCAGCAAACGGCGACUUAAACCGUAAUAACAAUAUCAGUGGUACCGAUUGCAUGAGUGAUACAAACAGUGCCAAUGUGAAGUCUGAAGGAGACAUGGAAACGCAGAUACCGCCCGAGAAAGCUGGCGAAUAUGUUCGUGAACUGCUGCAAGAAAAACAGAGCUUGGAUUCCUCGCAGUGGCCAAACGCUCUUCGUCUACUGGAUCAAGAGGUGACGAAAGAGGUGGCCCGCGUGCAGGCGCAAGGUCGUCCCCUGCCCCGAGAGAGCAAGUAUGUGGACAUUUACCGCGAGAAGCCCAUCCGCGUCGCAGUCAAGGUGCUCGUGCCCAUCAAGGAGCAUCCAAAGUUCAACUUCGUUGGAAAACUUUUAGGACCAAAGGGCAACUCUAUGAAGAGACUACAAGAAGAUACGAUGACGAAAAUGGCGGUUCUUGGGCGAGGCUCCAUGAAAGACAAGCAAAAAGAAGAGGAGCUUCGCGCGUCGAAGGACCCAAAGUAUGCUCACCUGAGCGAUGACCUGCACGUGGAGAUAGCGGCGUUCGCGCCCCCCGCCGAGGCGCACGCCCGCAUAGCGUACGCUCUGGCAGAGCUGCGCAAGUACCUCAUCCCCGACUCGAACGACGAGAUCCGGCAGGAGCAGAUGCGCGAGAUGGAGCUCAUCCAGACCGUGUCCGGCGAGCCGGGCGUGCGCGUCCAAGACGCCGCCGCCGCCGCAGCCGCCGCCGCCGCAGGACGGAAGGUACUGUUGCCUAGUCAACCCCUGCUGGGCGGCAGCCCGUACCAAGCGAAACAGGGUUUAGCCGCGCAGGACGCUGCCGCAGCCGCCGCCGCCGCCGCUGGACGCAACCAUAACCCUGUGCCGCGCGGCCGAGCCCUGCCGCUGCGCAGCGCGGUGGCGGGCAGCGGGGUGCCAGCAGGCCCUCCGCCGCCCCCGCGCGGUCGCGGACUGCUGGGGCCGCCCCCGCCUCCGCCACCGGGCGCAGUGCGUGGCCCUCCCGGCGGCCUCCGCAAGCCGGCGCCACCACUGCCGCCCCCACCGCCCCCGCAGGCUCUGCUGCCGCGCCCCACGCCCACCAAGACCAAGGUCCUCAGCAUACUGGACCGCGCGCGCGCUGCCAUGGAGGAGACCGGGUACGGCGGCGCAGGCGACGAGGAAAGGGCUGCCGCAGGGACCUUCUACGACACCGCCGCCUACGACUCGUACGCUGCUACGGGGUACAGCGGCUAUGAGGACUACGAGGAGGGCGGCGGCGACUAUUACGACGCGGCAGCUGCCUACCCAGGCACAUCUAUGCCAGAGGCGGGUACCAUCUCUUCAUCAGCAAACGACGGUGCCCCCAGGCCACGGAGGCAGGCUGCUGCCCUCCGUUUCUCGAGUUCCAAGAUAGGCUCCGCACCCGGUUCCCUCGUCUCCUUGCCACCUCUUGUUCGCAGACGACUCCGCCAGCCGCUGGAAGGCCUUCAAGAGCAGCACUGUGGCCGGGGUGAGCACGGACCGGCCGCGCUACCGCCCCACUCCGUAUGCGCGCCCAGCCAAGUAAUGAGCGCCACGGCAGCGGCGGCUGCUGCGGCGGCGGCAGCGGCGGCGGCGGCCCGCCCCCACCAUCACCACCACCAUCACCACCACCACCAGCAUGUCCACCAGCAGCAGCAACAGCAGCUGCUGCACCUGCACCACCACAGCCACCACCUGCAGCAGCGGCAGCGGCACCCGACCCAGUAGCAGAGGCCGGCGCUGCCAGUGAGUGCCGCAGCAUUGCCUAACCAGUAUAGCCUAGCGCGGGCCGCCUACUGACUCCAUAACCAAAACACGGAUACUGUACCAAUUACAGACGCUCGCUCUCACCUGAGAAGAUAGAAAAGUGGAGCGAAGCUUGGUGUCAAUUCGAGUUUAAGAAAAAACAUUAAUCUAGUCCUACUCUUUGGACAAGAAGAAUAGGGAUGUCUACACCAUAUACAGUAAUUUGGUGUUAAUCGUUAAAACAGGUUAACGACAGAUGUAUUUAGUCUAUCCUUUGCAUUAGUAUCGAUUGGUUCGACAUUCAUUCAUUUAUUUAGUUGAACGUGAAGAGUCGCAUAAAUGUUUUUCCAUUGUAUAUGUGCUUCACAUUUUGACUAUCUCUUGUGUUCUGACAUAAAAUUCUGUUUGAACCAGGACAUUAACAUACAAUUUAUUUUCCUUAAAUUAAUUAGUAGCUCUGUUCUUGCAAAAUGGUGUGUAAUAUUUCAUUCUUUUGUCUCCCAUAUUAACAUCAUUCAUGUUGGUAAUACCAAAAUUCAGAAUAUUUUUUCACACACCAUAGUGUGAGAGGAAAAGCUAAAAUUUUAUUUGAGCCGUAAAUUUUGUAUGUUAAUGAAGUGUGCAGUUACAUGUCAGAAUAUGGGCAAUAGACUCAAAUAAAACAUUUAUGUGACAGGUUGUACUGGGAUAGAUUAUUCCACUAGUACACUACAUGGAGUUGUUUCACGAUAGAGAAUGUGGCUCAGCAUAAAUUUUAGUACACUUCUAUCUCACCCUAGCUACUCCGUCCUCCUGUAUUCGACAAGGCUGGAUCAGAAUUAAAAACGUGACACAUCUCUUUAUAAUCAUUUUGAACUAAAAUUUUGCAAAUUUUAGUUUUACUUUUUUUGUUUUCUAAUUGUACUGGGCUAAAACACUUAUAGCUCCUAGUGUAGAUGGUAUAUGGUACUGCAUGAAAUAUGUAGAUGUUUAUAAAUGUGUUCAAUGUGCAACACUUGACUGUAAUUGUUUUGUGAGCAUCGGCAGUGGGAAUUAGUUUUGUCGAAGCACAUAUACAAUUCACAGUACUGAAUAUUAGAAGUAAACAUAGUAUUCUUGUCACAUUUACUGUAACAUGUGUUAGUUGAAGUCAACCAGUAUUUAGUAAUUUUCUUCAUAUUAUGAUAGACCUAAAAUACUACUAGUAUUUUAUGGUAGUGCUGUAAUCUUUUCGUUUCUAAAUCAGACAUCAUGUAAAAGCCAAUGUAAAUCCUAUACUUUUGUGGACAGCGUUUACUUUCAGAUUUGGUUUCACAUGCUUCACACAACUACAGAACUUACAUACAAUUAUAUGUAUAUAUCGCAUUUUUGUGGCCAGUGGUGUGUACUAAAAAUUUGAAUGGAAACUAUUGUGGGAUUUUAUGUGUGUUCUUGAAAGAAUCUGGUUGAAAUACCAUUGGAUACAGGGUUACUUCACAGCAGUUGUUUGAAAGUAGCAUUCAAUGGGAUGACAAUCAGAACACGUGUGGCACUAAAUGUUUGCCAUGGUACCUAUAUUUCGGUUUGUGGCUGAUGGUGUCUUGACUGAAUUGGUAUUACUAAAGUGGUCCAAUCUAUAUUAACCCACUCUUGGGCUUUAUUCUUACGAAUAAUCUGUUGAUAUCAAAAUGUGUAGAUUUAGCUACUUCACAUCUCACUAUUUAAAUUUUCUGAGAAGCCCGUUGUCUAGGAAACAUUGUUCAAAUGAAAUAUAUAUAAAUAUAUUUUCAUGUGUACUGAUUUUAUUGGAGAAUUAAAUACAUUUGUGAAUGAUUUUUAUUUAAAGUAGGCCUAAAUCGCACAGUAUGUAGCUCAGGUUGCUGCAAUAUAUUUUUACAAGCAGAUCAUCUGAAAUACCUAUCCAGUAAUUCAAUAAUUUAGAAUUUGUGCAAAUGACUUGAAAACUGUAUCUAAAACAAACAUUGUAAAUAUAACCCCAAAUGUUUUGAGGCUGUCAGUAUUGAUGACUAAAAAGGGGCAGGAAAGAAUUUUUAAUCACUAAAGUAGAUAUCUGCGUAGACGGAAAGCCUUUACCUAAAGGGCAGUGAAUAAAUUGUUAUGAUUGGUGUCCUUAUUACUUUAUUGUCCAUACGACAAAGCAGCCUAAGUCUUGAAUUUUUGUGUGUGAUGCAAAAUACUGUAGUGUAUUCUCCUUAGCUUCUGAAAUGUUUUAGAUAUUUUAAAUCUCAGAAAUCAUACUGUAAUUAAAGAUAAUUAGUGUCUGAUAAGUAAAAAGGCUGAGUCAUCUAUGGUCAUGUUUGCAGGAUAAUGGAACAUGUGGUAUGUUUAGAGCCAAGUGGUGUUCUUGGACAAGAACUUUUUAAUAGCCUUUAAAAGUUAGUGGUGUGUAGUACAUUAUAAAAGAAGCAUUUAAAAUGUUCUAAUUUAGUUUUAUUUUUCUUUCAAUAAUCUUAAAUUAAUUUCUUUAAAGUAAUGUUGUUAGUAGUUUUGUGAAAUGUUUAAAAAGGAUGUUACACGUAGCAUUAAAAUAUAAACUUGUAAAAGAAACACAAAAAUAUUACAUGAGCAGUUUUCAUUAGAUGUAAAAGUUAUGGUUAAAAUUGUAUGUUUUUUCAAUGAAGAUUUUGAAAUCUUCCAUAAUUAAAAUUUAUGAAAUCUG